CUCCGAGACGGGUGGGGCCGGAGCUCCAAGCUGGUUUGAACAAGCCCUGGGCAUGUUUGGCGGGAAGUUGGCUUAGCUCGGCUACCUGUGGCCCCGCAGUUUUGUAGUCCCCGCCUUGUUUCUCCCCAGAGGCCUCUCAAUCCUCCCUCCAUGAUCUUCGCAUAGAGCACAGUACCCCUUCGCACGGAGGACGCGAUGGCUCCCAAGAAACGCCCAGAAACCCAGAAGACCUCCGAGAUUGUAUUACGUCCCAGGAACAAGAGGAGCAGGAGUCCCCGGGAGCUGGAGCCCGAGGCCAAGAAGCUCUGUGCGAAGGGCUCCGGUCCUAGCAGAAGAUGUGACUCAGACUGCCUCUGGGCGGGGCUGGCUGGCCCGCAGAUCCUGCCACCAUGCCGCAGCAUCGUCAGGACCCUCCAUGAGCAUAAGCUGGGCAGAGCUUCCUGGCCAUCUGUCCAGCAGGGGCUCCAGCAGUCCUUUCUGCACACUCUGGAUUCUUACCGGAUAUUGCAAAAGGCUGCCCCCUUUGACAGGAGGGCUACAUCCUUGGCGUGGCACCCGACUCACCCCAGCACUGUAGCUGUGGGUUCCAAAGGGGGAGAUAUCAUGCUGUGGAAUUUUGGCAUCAAGGACAAACCCACCUUCAUCAAAGGGAUUGGAGCUGGAGGGAGCAUCACUGGGCUGAAGUUUAACCCUCUCAAUACCAACCAGUUUUACGCCUCCUCAAUGGAGGGAACAACUAGGCUGCAAGACUUUAAAGGCAACAUUCUACGAGUUUUUACCAGCUCAGACACCAUCAACAUCUGGUUUUGUAGCCUAGAUGUGUCUGCUAGUAGCCGAAUGGUGGUGACAGGAGACAACGUGGGGAACGUGAUCCUGCUGAACAUGGAUGGCAAAGAGGUGCGUUCUCCGAGGUCCUGCCUUUCCCUCCCUCACCCCUGCCUCGGUUCUGUGUCCCCACCUGAACCGAGCUCUUUUCUGCAGCUUUGGAAUCUCAGAAUGCACAAAAAGAAAGUGACGCAUGUGGCCCUGAACCCAUGCUGUGAUUGGUUCCUGGCCACAGCCUCCGUAGAUCAAACAGUGAAAAUUUGGGACCUGCGCCAGGUUAGAGGGAAAGCCAGCUUCCUCUACUCGCUGCCGCACAGGCAUCCUGUCAACGCAGCUUGUUUCAGCCCCGAUGGAGCCCGGCUCCUGACCACAGACCAGAAGAGCGAGAUCCGAGUUUACUCCGCUUCCCAGUGGGACUGCCCCCUGGGCCUGAUCCCGCACCCUCACCGUCACUUCCAGCACCUCACACCCAUCAAGGCAGCCUGGCAUCCUCGCUACAACCUCAUUGUCGUGGGCCGAUACCCAGAUCCUAAUUUCAAAAGUUGUACCCCUUAUGAAUUGAGGACAAUCGAUGUGUUCGAUGGAAACUCAGGGAAGAUGAUGUGUCAGCUCUAUGACCCAGAAUCUUCUGGCAUCAGUUCGCUUAAUGAGUUCAAUCCCAUGGGGGACACGCUGGCCUCUGCAAUGGGUUACCACGUUCUCAUCUGGAGCCAGGAGGAAGCCAGGACACGGAAAUGAGAGACACUAAAGAAGGUGUGGGCCAGACAAGGCCUUGGAGCCCACACAUGGGAUCAAGUCCUGCAAGCAGAGGUGGCGAUUUGUUAAAGGGCCAAAAGUACCAAGCUUAGGGUUGGAGCAGGGGUGCUGGGACCUGGGGCACUGUGGGACUGGGACACUUUGGUGUUAAUGCCCUGGACUUGCCUCCAGAGACUGCUCCAGAGUUGGUGACACAGCUGCCCCAAGGGCCCCUCUGUAUCUAGCCUGGAACCAAGGUUAUCUUGUAACUAAAUGACUUUUCUCCUCUCAGUGGGUGGUAGCAGAGGGAUCAAGCAGUUAUUUGAUUUGUGCUCACUUUUGAUAUGGCCAAUAAAACCACACCGAC